UACUGUUAUUGAAAUUUAUUGACCGUCGGAAUCUUCUAAUUCCAAUAAUUAAAAGUAUAUGGCGCUCGUUUUUAACGUUUAACCACAUUAUUACCAAAAUGUUGCAACCGUGAUCGAGUGUAGUGUUUUCGUUUCAUCUCGUGUAAAAAAUCGAGGGCUUACUAUGUUCGAAAGGCAAAACGGUGAAAAAUGCGAAAUGAUGUUCUUACACAAACUAGCGAUUCUCAUCGUCAGCGCUCUGCUGAUAUACGACUACUAUAACAGCUCUACGCCUAUAGAAAUACGCAUUCAGAACCCACAGUUCGCUUUACUAGGCCCAUACAAUACUACAGAACCAAACCUGACUGUAGAUGAUCUGUAUGAUCAACUUAUUGAUUUAAAUUUCUCUUUCAAAGUGAAUCCUCAGCCUUGUCAAAACUACGCCGCUGGCCUACUACUGGUCAUAAUAAUAUCAUCGAAUCCGAGUAACUAUGAUAACAGAAUGGUUAUUCGAAAUACUUGGGGUCGUUCCGUAGAUUCGACUAAAGUGGUGUUUUUAAUGGGAGAGUCAGAGAAUGCGACUAUAUCUCAAAAGAUUCAGAAUGAAUCGUCCAUAUUUGGGGAUAUUGUGCAAGGUAUUUUUACGGAUGCUUACCGUAAUAUGACUUAUAAGCACGUGAUGGGUUUAAAGUGGGUGUCUCAUCAUUGUCCGAUGGCGAAGUACAUUUUGAAGACGGAUGAUGAUGUUGUGGUGAACUCUCAUGCGCUGAGGCAGUUUUUGGCGAGGGAGCUGUCACCGUGGGGAGCGAAGGACUUGAUUACAUGUCAGGUGCUGGAGCAUGCAUUGGUGCAACGGUCACAUCGGUCCAAGUGGAGAGUGUCUCCGGCUGAGUAUAAGCCACAUUACUAUCCAACAUAUUGUGCAGGCUGGGCCAUCCUCUACUCUCAAGACGUAGUUCCCAGGCUUCUAAAGUCCGCCCAAUCCACUCCAUACUUCUGGAUCGAUGAUGUCCACGUCACCGGAGUGGUCGCCCAGCAGAUCGGUGUGGCUCGCACUCCGCUGGCCAGUCUGGUACUCUCUCGGAACCGGGCCACGAUGCUCACCUCGCUUGGAGCUGACUACGCUGGGAAGUUUCUGUUUGGACCGCCAGAUAUUAGUGUCAGUAAGAUCUCACAGAUAUGGAAAGCUAUUCCGGAAUAAUUUUUAAC